AUGAGGAAAAAGAGAACUUUGAAAGUGAGUAUUAACGAAAUUAAGAAAUAUUGCCCGUUUGUUAAAAAUAUUCAAUUUUUAUAUAAUAGUAAUGAUAAAAAAAAUAAUGUAGUAUUAUCAGUUAUGUCAGAUUUAUGUCCUGUAGGUAAAGCAAUAAAUGAGAAACAUUUUAUAAUAAUAGAUAAUAAAUCAAAAAUUAAUAUUAUAAAAAUAUUGAAACAAGCUAAUAUGCAAUCAAACAUUUUAGUACAAUGUAUUAAAAAUAAAAAUACAGAAAAAGAGAAUAUGUCUAAGGAUGACAUAUUAAAAAAUAGUAAGAGAAAUAAUAAUAUGUUAUUUUAUGAUAUAUUAGAAAAAAAUAAAAAUGAUCCUAGUUUUGAAAUAAAUGAUAAUAGUAUAGAAAAAAAUAAUAUUAUAUAUAAAUAUAUAAAUUCAUUAGAUGAAUAUAAAUUAUUUAAAAAUGAGUGUAAUAAUAAUUUAAAAGAACUUCUAAAUAAAUUAUUUAAAGAUAAAAGAUAUCGUAUCUUUACUAUAUUAAAUAAAUAUAGAAUAAAUUAUCCUAAUGUAUAUAUAGAAAAUAAUAAAUUAAUGUUACCUUCAUUUUAUGAAUUUUAUCAAAAAUAUGGAUAUAAAGCAUGCAUAGGAAAUACUAAAUACCAAUUAAGUUCCUCAUUUGGGGAUGAUAAUAAAAAUAUAUGUUCAUAUAAUGAUUCAAAAAAGGAGAACUAUUUAUUUAAUUUCUGGAAUUUACAUAUAGAUAAUGUUUCAAACGAAAAAACAGUCGUGUGGUGUUCUAAUGAUUAUUUGUGUUUAUCAAAUAAUGAGAAAAUAAUCGAAGUAGGUAUAGAAACGUUAAAAAAAAUAGGAAAUAGUAGUGGGGGCACAAGAAAUAUCUCUGGAAGUUUGUUAAAUCAUACACAUUUAGAAUACAUUAUAGCUAAAUGGUAUAAUAAAGAAAGUGCCUUAUUAUUUACAUCUGGUUAUAUUGCUAAUGUAGGAGCUUUAGAAACAUUAGGAAAAUUAUUAAAUUUGAUUUAUAUUUCUGAUGAAAUGAAUCAUGCAUCUAUUAUAAAUGGUAUUAGAGAAUCACGUUGUGAAAAAUUUAUUUUUAAACACAAUGAUAUGAAUGAUUUAGAAAGAAUUCUAUAUAAUUUGAGGAUAAACAAACAAUAUGAAAACAGAAAAAUUAUGAUCGUAUUUGAAUCAAUUUAUAGUAUGUCUGGUCAUAUUUCAAAUAUACAAUAUAUAGUACAGCUAGCCAAGAAAUAUAAUGCAUUAACAUAUGUUGACGAAGUACAUGCUGUCGGAUUAUAUGGAAAUAAAGGUUCAGGGUAUUUAGAAGAAUUAAAUUUGUGUAAUCAUAUUGACAUAAUAAAUGGUACCUUAUCAAAAGCUAUUGGAUCAUUAGGUGGUUUUAUAUGUGCUAAUAAAUAUUAUAUUGAUGUCAUAAGGUCUUAUUCUUCUCAUUUUAUAUUUACUACAUCCUUAACUCCAGUUAAUAUUAAUACCUCUGCUGAGGCUAUACAUAUAAUUCAAAAUGAUAUGUCUCUCAGAAAAAAAUUAACUCACGUUGUUAACAAAACCAAACAAAAAUUACAAGAAAGGGGAAUACAACUUUUGCAUAAUAAUUCACAUAUAGUAGUUCUUAUGAUUAAUUCUGCAGAAAAGUGUAAACAAAUAUGUGAUGACCUUUUGAAGGAGUAUAACAUAUAUAUACAGCCAAU